AUGGCAAAAUAAGAUGCAAAAAAUAAUAAAAGAGAUCGCAGCCCAGUUGCAGUAAUCAAAUUUUAUAAUAUAGGAAAUGAAAAUUUGGUAAGAAGCAGUCAGAAAAGAGAAUUAACACUUAAAAGUUUAUGAGCAUUUUACNCAAUUAGGAAUAUUGUGUAACAAAUUUUAUGAUUUGGAGAAAAAUAGUUGUAUAAUAAAAGUAGGAUAAAAAAAAUUAAACAGUUCUUCAUCGAUAUUCAAAUACAAUUUUGAUUGCUUUAAAACCAUCAGAAUAAAGAGGACAAUUUGAAGAAUUAAAUUUAUUGACAUUACGAAAUAAAAUCUUAUACAUUUCAUUGAAUAUGAAAGAAUUUAAAAUAAGAUAUACUGAAGUCAGUAAAUAACAAUUUCUUAAAGAAUGUGAAAAGAGUGAUAAAAAUAGACAAUUGUAAUUUACAGUUACAAAAUUAAUUUUGGAUAAAUAUCCUUAUAAUGAAUAUAAGGUAUAAAAUUUAUAGUAAUUAUUGGAUUCUUUUAAAGAUAAUAAUAUUUAAGGAAUAGAAUUUACAGAAAAUUUAGGUGAAUUUUUUAUGUUAUAUUCAUAUUAAAUACGUCAAUAAUUAUUGGAUACUAAAAAUAUAUAAAAAAUGUGCAAUUCAGUCUGUUAAUUUAGUCAUUUUAAAGAAUGGUUUUAUUAAUCUUUAUUUGUUGAAGAUCUUCCUUUAGAUGAAAGAAUAUAAAUUUUACAAUAGAUAAGUAGAUUAAUUUCUUAGAGUUAAGUAAAUAUAAAUACUUUAUAUGAUAAUCAUCCAAUGUUAUAUGACAACCUUCCAACAAUUAAACAUCAGAAUAGUAAAUUAUCAAGAAAAGACCCUCAAUAAAAAAUAGUGACAAUUAAUCCAAAUGAUAUAUUAGAGGAAGCUAAUCUAUUAACUGAAGAAUUGAAGCAGAUUGAUAAGUAAGAAGAAUUAGAAAAAAAAUUGAAAUAAGAUUCUAAAAAUUAAAAAUAAAAAAAUAGACUUUAUGUAGCACCAUCAUAUAUUCAUAAAUAUGGACUUUUUACUAAAUAAGAGUAAUUUGAAUUAUAUAAUUAGUUUUAAAAAAGGAGAUUUCGUAAUAGAAUAUACUGGAGAAGUAAUUAGAAAUGCCCUUGCUGAUUAUAGAGAGUUAACAUAUAAUGAAUAAGGAUUUGGAGAUUGUUAUAUGUUUAGAGCUUCAAAAACUAAAGUAAUUGAUGCAACUUUUAAAGGUUCAGAAGCUAGAUUUUUAAAUCAUAGUUGUUAAGUAAUUAAUAUGUAUUAAUUAUAGCCUAAUUGUGAUUCAUUAUUAUUAGAUGAGAAGAUUAUAAUUUAUGCUAAAAAAGAUAUAUAAGUAGGAGAAGAACUGACUUAUGAUUACUAAUUUGAAAUCGAAGCAGAAUCACAAAAAAUAUAAUGUAGUUGUGGAGCUAAGAAUUGUAUUGGUAGAUUAAAUUGA